CAGAAUCGUACUAUUCAGAGGGUCAAACUUAACAUUAUAAUUUAUACUGGUAAUGGCAGCAGUUGUUGGUGUGGCUUUUUGGUGUGUUUUGGAAAGCAAACCUCAACAUUUUGCGCCAUUGUCAACGUUCCCCUCACUUUGGAGCAGUUGGAAUCUUUGUUUGUCCCUAUAGCCUACAAUUACUUUCCUAACUCUACCGACAUUACUUUUUCAGCGGCACCAUCUUCUCUUAACAAAAGGCUAAUGUCCAAUUCAAGUUACUUGGGUGCUCUCAUAUUAUUAAUCGUGAUUGAGGGAGGGUCAGAACUUUGUCGGAACUUCAUAUGAAACCGAUAAUGGUUUUUGAGAACUUUUGCAAUAACCAUUUAUCCAACUCUUCGAGUUUCCUUAGAAGGAAACUCCGGCAAAUCUGCUCAAGGAUACGGCGGCUAUUAUGGAAGCGCCCGAGGCCCAAAGUUGUCAUCAGGAGGCUUGGAAAACUGAGCUCUAAACUUCACUCUAAACAGCAACCAGCCACCAAUAAUUCUACAAUUCGUAUGAAUGGCCACUUGGGUCAUUCUGUGUCUGAAAGGCCAAUUCGAGCAGCCACAUUCAAUGUUGCCAUGUUCUCCUUGGCACCUGCUGUUCCAAAGGCUGGGGAACCAGCUAGCUUUGAUCCUGAAGAGGAAGAUUUUACAUUUUCUCAGGCAAAAUCCAUGUGUAGUCCCAGGAGUAUAUUGAAGCAAUCUCCCAGUCAUGCCACCCUGAGUAGUCCUGAACAUGUUUCUAAGCAAAAGAAGGUUACAAGACUAAAGUUAAAGGUCUCUAUUAAUCUUCCUGAUAAUGAGAUCUCGUUAGCAAAUACCAAGUUGCUUAGCGCUAUGGAACAUGGCACAGAGGAAUCCUCAAACAUGACUGCUAGAAGAGUUCAUAGAAGUGGGGUUCCAGCAAGGUCUCCCGUGUGUUUUCCAUCCAGUAUGUUUAUCGGUCAAAGUGAUGACUGCUUGGGAAGCGGUAGAAGCAUCCUGGAAGUACUCAGAGAGGUGGAUGCUGAUAUAUUGGCCCUGCAAGAUGUGAAGGCAGAGGAGGGGAAAGGUAUGGGGCCUCUAUCUGAUUUGGCAGGUGCCUUGGGGAUGAAAUAUGUGUUUGCUGAGAGCUGGGCUCCAGAGUAUGGCAAUGCAGUCUUAUCAAAAUGGCCAAUUAAGAGGUGGAAAGUCCAGAAAAUUGCUAAUGAUGAUGAUUUUAGGAACUUGAUAAAGGUCACAAUUGAAGUGCCAUGGAUUGGAGAAGUUGACUUCUACUGCACCCAACUUGAUCAUUUAGAUGAGAACUGGAGAAUGAAGCAGAUAAACUCAAUUAUGCAAUCAACUGAUCGUCCCCACAUAUUGGCAGGGGGUAUUAAUUCUCUCAAUGUAUCUGAUUAUUCAUCAGAGAGAUGGACAGACAUCGUCAAGUAUUAUGAGAAGAUUGGAAAGCCUACUCCAAAAGUAGAGGUGAUGAAGUUUUUGAAGGGGAAAGGCUACAACGAUGCAAAGGACUUUGCUGGAGAAUGCGAGCCAGUGGUCAUCGUUGCCAAAGGCCAAAAUGUGCAGGGGACAUGCAAAUAUGGAACCCGAGUGGAUUACAUUUUGGCAUCGCCAAAUUCACCAUACAAAUUUGUUCCGGGUUCAUACUCGGUCAUAUCAUCCAAGGGUACUUCCGAUCACCAUAUUGUAAAGGUCGACAUAAAGAAAGCAGUGGAAAGUGUUCCAGAGAAUGCCAUUAGACAAGGGAGGAAGAUAAAACAGAAGGUUGUAAGAGUUUCAAACCAGUGCUCUUCAACAGCUAUUUGGAGGCUAAAGGCUUGGUCACUCUGAGUGUUGUUGGCAGGAGUCCUGUAAAUACUACAUUUUCCAUCACAAAAAUACUUAUUUAUUUGUAGCAUGAAUAAAAGUAAGUUUGUGGUAUGAAUGAUCAUGCUAACUCUACCUUGGAUAUGAGUGAAAGCAAAUCUGUAGGGGGAUUAACCUGUAACCCUUUUCAGUACCUAUGGUCUUGUUCAAUCACUUGAUUAAU